AUGAGUAUUAUGAGUAUAAAAAUGCUAGAAUGCUUGAGUGAUGAUGUUAAAUCCAUGGAGAGUUCUAUAAAUCGUUUGACACAAAUUGCUGAAGAAAACCGCGAUGGAAUGAAACAAAAGAUUAAAAAUUCGAUCACACGUCAUUCACAAGCAUCUAAGGAUACCAAUUAUCAGAAUAAUUGCAGCAAAGAGAAUGAUGAAUAUCUCUUACAGAAACUUGCGAAGCAUAACUUCAAGAGUAAAAUUAGAAGUAAAGUCAAGUUUUUCCAUCCUGGCACAAGAGAGUGGUUUUUAAAGGAAGUUGAAAGGUUUUUCAAAAAUGAGUAUAAAAAAGAGUAUAAAAAAUGA